AUGCUACGCCAACGCCUUCUGUGCCUCCACGAAGGCCUGGCACCUGCAGAGCAGCAGGAGAUCCUCGCACUCUUCCGGACUUUGCCCAGCCAGAUCCUCAUCACUACGGAUGCUGCAGUAAAGGAUCUGGAGCUGCCGGGCGUGCCCUUGGUGGUGCAUGUGUCCGCCCCCGCAAACUUGGAGAUCUACUUGAACCGCAUCGGCCGCCUGCAAACAGCGGCUCUGGGAAAGCGCCGCGCGCGCCGCGCAGCGGGACCGGCCACGUCUUUGGUGCUCUUGCCCGGGCACCAGAGCGCUAGGCUCCGAGAGCUCGAGAAGGACCUUGGGCGGCAAUUUGAAGUGCUGCCGCCGCCUUCGGAGGCGGCACUUCGCCGCAGCGCCGUUGCGGCUGUGGCGAAGGAGCUGAAGAUGGCUACGAAACAGUAUGACUCUGGAGCUUUCCUCGAAGAUGCGAAGCAACAGUUGGAAGUCCAUGGACCACGGCUCCUGGCGGCGGCCUUGGUUCUGCUUGAGCGGCGCCGGAGAGGGGAAGAGUGGCGUUCGCCAUUCUCGGGUCGGCCCAGGUUUGCGCCGCUCCUCUUGGUCGAUCCGUAUCUGGAGCGCUUGGCUUCUCGACAAGCUGCUGCAAGCGCCCUGCGCCGCGUUUUGCGCCGCGCUGCCGAGGGCAUCGACAAGGAGGGCCUCGAUGCUCAGAUCGGCCGCAUCGAGCUGACCAAAAAAGGCUGGCUCGUGGACGUUCCGAGGGCCCUGGUGCCUGCAGUCUUGGAGGACAAGAACUUGCAAAAUCGUGGUGUUCAGGUGCAGCCGGUGAGUGAGCUGCCGGACAUCAUCGACGAUGGGCGUUUAACAGUCGCCACGCGGAAGACGCGGAGGCGCCCCGCUCGCGGGCCAAGGCGGCUGCCUUUGGCGGAGCGCCGCGCGCAGCGGCGCCAGGAGUUCCUUUACCCCUCCGGGCGGCGGCAACUCUUCGGCCGGGGCCCCGGCGCCAACCGUCAGUGGUUGCUGGCCGGCAAGAAGGCUGCCACCUCUCCGGAGCAAAGUGCAAAAGGACGUCUACAUUGGCUUAUUCCCACCAAAGCCCGAAUGCUACUCGUAAGAAUUCCUAAAGUCCCUAAAGCCGAAGCCUCCAAAGCCUACUUCGUGUCGGCCACUGAUCUCUCUCGCUGGCACCCGCUGCCGGGCCCGAGCUUUGACACGGUGGCGCCGCCACAGUGCCCGUCAUGGCAGAGGGCCCGAACUGAGUGGCCGAGGAGAAGCAGUGCCCUAGGCCUGGCAACUCGGUAUCCGCGCUGCCCUCAGACCUUCCCGCUGCAGCGUUCGGGACCUUGGAUUUCCCGACUUGGAUUGAGAGAGAAGUGGGAGGCACUAGCUGUGAUGGCCACGAAUGGCGACGAGGAUAGCGCCAAGUGGCUCUACGUGAGGAACUUGCCCGAGGAUGCGAAAAGCUAUAUAUGGUUUAAGCAAUUCCACCUCCAUGGCGACGUUGUGCGAGCUUCCUUCUUCGGAUGGAAGAAGGGGCAAGAACGAUGGUGUUUGGCAGAGUGUGGCACCAAGUGGGAGGCCAUCUCUCUCAAGAAGGAGCUUGACGGCAAAGACCUUGGUGGCGACAACCCCCUGUCGACAGACUCCGUCGAGCAAGCGGUGGCAGAUCUCUUCCUGGCCUCCACGGUCGGUCGUUCAAAUCCCUCCGAUCCAUAUGACUGUGGUUUCCAGUUGGAGACCUUUCGGGCAAUUCACCCCGGUGUCAUUCGCGCAGUCCCGGCCUACAAGGUGCUCGUCGGCCGUGGGCGAGCGCUCAGAGGGCGACCAGAUGGCUUGCACAAGGCCAGCUUCGAGACAGAGACGAUUGAGGAGUUCUGGUCUCACAGCUGGCAUGCGCCAGCUUGGAUGAAGAUUGUUACUCUGACGUUCGUCAACAACUGCCGCACAGCAGCCUCGUUGGGUAUGCUCGCGGCAAUCACUGGGUUCGCCCUGAGCGUGGCAGAGGCAUUGCCACUGACACUCGCACCCCGGGUUCGUUGUCCAUGGUGUGCGCUGCUCGGGGCAUUGGUCUAUACCACAUGUCUCCUCUUCUGGCGGCGGUCGAGCAAGGUAUUCCUGGACAUAAUUUGUAUAGAUCAAGAUGAUGUGAGUUUCAAGAAGGCUGCACUGACGAGCAUGGCGGCAAUCCUGAAACAAUCGGAGGCAUUGCUCGUCGUGUGGGAUGCAACGUGGAACGCCAGAUUGUGGUGCGUUUUCGAGCUUGCAGCCUUCCUGCAAUCUCGUCGCACUGGGUCAGCAGCCCGGGCUAAGCUCUGCGUGCGUCCAGUCAUCCUGGGGCCCGUGCUGCUGUCGGGUAGCUGCGGCCUUUUAGUAGCCAGCCUUACUUUGUCCACGAACGUCGUGCAGAGCUACACUGACUUUGGAGCGGGCGUUGCAUUUACCAUGGGGCUCGCAUUUUGCUGCUUGCUUUUCGCAGCACACCUGGGCCGCAUCUUCUGUCGCAACCUGGACAUGCUCCAACGGCAGCUAUUGCAGUUCAGUAUUGAGGAUGCCAAAUGCGCCUGCUGUGAGACGGACGAUUGCAAACGGGUCGAUCCCAAGACGGGCCAGCAGUUUGCGUGCGACCGAGAGGUUCUCCUGCAAGUCAUUGCGGCUUGGUUUGGCAGCAUCUCCAAGUUUGAGGCUUUGAUCCAUGGCGAAGUGAGAAGAGUUCUGUUCUGUGAACUUACCAGCGUACGCUUCAUUUACGGGUAUGUGUGUGCCGCCAGCAUCUGCAUACUGUGGUUUCAUAUGGAUCAAGCUAUGGGUGCCAUCCAUGCUGGAAGGAUGUCAGCGAGUGAGGGGCGAGUAAUGGCGUUCCGCUGGUUGGUUUGGUGGUUGGUCCUCGAACCUCUCCUCUUCAUCGUCUUCGCUGGCUUUGCCUGGGCACUGCGCAAGCGCUGCAGCAGAUACCUGGUUGUAGAUCUUCUUGUAACGGCGCUGACCAUGAUUCCAUCAGCUGGAAUUUUUUUGGGCUUGAGCGUACUCGAGCAACGCCUGGAUAGCGCACGCUCUGUCACAGGUGGACUCAUCUUCGCUGCUGUUGUGGGGACCAGCUCUGUUUGCGCCUGGCUUGCUGUUUGCAAGUUCCUUCCUCGGGGCCUGCCAAAGUUCUCUUGA